AUGCACUUUCUAUACCUUUUCGCCGCUGUCACAGCAACGGCAUCGGCGUCCUUCACCAAUAAAUGCCAGUCGUGCAGUCUCAUCAUCAACAAGGCUGAAGCCGGUGUCAUGGGAUGCGAUUGCUUCAAUGAUGCCAAUCAACUCGUCGGUUCGAUCCUUCGGCUGUCGACGUGUUUUGCGAAUGCGGAUGGGAAGUUGAUUCCGCAGGCAAAUGGUAACUUUGUCAAAAGCUGCUCAGUCGAGGGUCUAUUUCCCUCAUCGCAACGUUCGUUGUUCUUGUCUGUUAAGUGUAAGGAUAACAGCGGAAAUACCCAGAGUGGAUCGUUUGAUAUCAAUGCUGGUAGCACUAUCACGAGCGUGAAUGGGGUUAUGAAGUGCUUUGGGCAGGGCGGUCCAAACUAG